UAGACACAUCGUCAAAUGACGAUACUGUUUCCGUUUCUAAGACGAGAGCUCCUCAGAGCCCCGUUGUUAGUCCUUCUUAUGCUACUAGUCCGCAUAACUUCUCCCGUCCCACUCGACCCAGUAUCGAGCUCCCGCAGUCGAGAACCGCCUCGCCAUUGACCUUACCUCCUACUCGCGUCGGCCACGUAAGGAAGCACUCGCAGACCCAAGGUCAUUUCGAGCCCACAUUACCUUCCACGAGCAUAUCCAACCUCUCCCAAGUCGUCAUGUCUCAGGCCCAGACACCACCCUCGGCCCCAGCCCCGACCCAGGCUACCGGCGCGACACUCUCAGCUAGUCAAAUAGCCGCCCAGGCCGCCGUGAUGCAGCACCAACAACAUAGUCGUCAUCGAUCGCAAACCGUCCCUUUCCCUGGCAGCGAUGCCCACGACUCCUUAAAAAGACCAGGCCCGAAGCCAAUAACCGGUCACCGCAGCCCUCCUAUGCUAAGUCUAACCGAAGCGAGUGCCCCGCGAGAUAACGGCUUUAGCGCGCAAGGAUAUCAUAACGGCCUAUUAGGGAGUCAUGCUGCAGCUACUGCCGCGGCGAAUGUUGUCUUCCCAAGGUCGCCUCAAACUUCGCCUAGCCUACCACCGCCUGAUCAGUCUUUCCCUGCACCCACGCCCCUGGCCGCUUCGGAGAAGCCUGUCAAGGCCGAGAAGUCCAAGGUCAAGCUAUUUUCUCGGCCAAAAAAGAUUGAUACCAAGGGUGAAGCGAAAGAACGACCAAUGCCGAGUCCUGGAAAGAUUGGCUCUGCCCUGGCUUCGCUACAGCGCGCCAAUUUUAGCACGACCAGCUUAGUAGAUUCGCAGUCAUUCUAUAGCCUGGGCAACUCAUCUGCCGCCACCAUCCGACCAGUUGACCCGUCUAUGGAGAAAGAAGGCAAAGAAAAAGAUAAGGAGAGGAAACACCACUUUCUAUCGCGGCAGAAACAUAAGCUCAGCAGUAAAGAUGACUAUCAUCUCCCACUUUCCUCUGCUGCUAGCAACUCCCGACCCGUCGAUCCCAGCGCGCCAUCAAGCCUCUAUAAUUUCAACCUGCCACCGAGCCCGGGUCCAAAUAACAACAUGGGUAAAAGCGUCAGCGGGCUAGACUUGCGACACGGGGGACGUGCUCUCCGCGAGAAGCGGAAGGACGACAACGAAUCGACAUACGGGGUUGGCACGGAAUGGCCCGGGCCUAGUAGUUUCGGGUCGGCAGCAGCAGCUACGCAUUCUUACCUUUCGGAACCUAUCGAUUCUGUUAAAUAUGGGCUUCAUAAUAUGUCUCUGGACGACGCCUGGCCGUACUUGAGGGCUAAAUUACUGGUCAUUUUCGAGGGUGAGGAUCUACGGUUGCCGGUGGAGGAUUUCAACCGAGUUGUGACCAUGCACAUCCAAUACUGCAUACAACGUCGUUUAGCCCAUAUCAUUAUCGAUGAUCUACGAGAUCUCCUUUCGACGGGUUUUGCCUCGCUCGACCACACGCUGCGCACAACUUCCGAGGAUAGGUUGAUCCCCUCCCUGGUAGAGCUGUGGAUCUUCACAUUCACAAGUGUCUUACCUUAUAUGCAGGCUAUUUUCCUCCCAUUAGACCUAGAGUUCUCCGGCUGCGGAUCCUUGUUAACCCCCGAGCAGGCGCGGGACUUCUGGGGCGGAGUAGUAGCUAACGCAGCACCGAAUGCCCAGCUGGGCGGAUCAAAUGCUGAGCCGCAUUUUUCACCGGCAUCAAGCGUCCUUAACGUUCGAAGGCUUGUGCUGAUCUCGUACCGAGAUUCUCUGAUCCUCCCUCGGUACGAGAAGCUCAAGACCAUAUUCUCCCGGUUAUCUCUUGAGCACUUGCCAUCUUCACUCGCCUCUCUCGCGUUAGCAUCGCCGCCGCUCUUAAACGAUAGCAUGGCAUCCCUCUCGACUUCGCCAAAUGAUCCGCUAUCGGGCCGUCCUGGAACAGCCAUGUCGCUAGAUCCAAGCGUCGCAAGUUAUAAUUCAACCUCGACAACGGUCUUCGGCAACGAUUCGAACCCGUCUCGGAGCCGUGCCAUCAGCAACGUAUCUUUCGGCAGCGGCGUGUCCGACGGGGCCUCUACUGGUACCGGAAGUCUGCUCAGGUCCUUCACGCCGCAGACAAGAGACGGAGGUAGGGAAGUCCUAGGAAGCGUGCGAGAACAGAACGUAGAGGAUAGCAAGCAGGUCACAGAGAUGGUAGGUCGUAUGCUUCAGUGCAUGAGCGUAUUGGCUAGCGUCGACACGGGUGUCAACCCAGCCGAUAUGGACGAAGCAAGUAAAAUGGUAGCCGAGCUAGGCCGAUUGCUCAAGCUAAAUUGGCUGGGUAGAGGUCGGACUGGUAGGAACCGGAGGGGUAUGGUUGGCGGAAGGGUUAAGCGACAGGACAACAAUAGCACCAUCAACCAUGGCCUCUUAAGGGAAGGGAUACGCGAAGGUGUUGAGGUAAUUUAAUUUUGGAUUUACAUAGCAUGCAUAUUGACGCAUCACUAGCGGAAUUACGGCGUCUGGUCACACUGGAUUGGUUUAGGUGCAUCACCAAGGUGAGCAACGAGAAAGCUUUGAAUUGGAUCAAUAUCAUAUUAUC